GAACAAUCUCUUACUAUAUUACCGUUGAAUUAUGAAAAAAAAAGAAAAAAAGAAAAAGAAAAAAAUAAUGAAAGAAAAAUCAACAGGGCUCCCUGUGCAACUAGCACCACAGUAUUGUCAGGUAGUGGGGAUCGGCUGUUUUUGGAUCUCAAUAAAUUUUGACUGCACAAAUAUCUAUCGAUGAAUUUGACUAUUUAAAAAUGAAGUGUCCAAUUUCUGUAUGCUACUCUACGCCUGGAGUACACGUUAGCAGGCAGGCCACUCCCCAUCAAUGGCGGCGAUGGUCGAAAAUGGACUUCUCGCCGCCGCUUUCCCGACAGUUCUCCGCCACCAGCAGACAACCCAUCAGAAGCUCAGUUACCGGCCGACUGGCCGCAGCUGCCCGCGCGUGAGCGGAAGCAGCUUCAAGACGAAGAGCAGUUUGAGCUCGGGUUAUUACGCGGAGCAAUCGAAGAAGUUGACGGAGGUCGACGGCGGCGGGCCGCCGCGGUGGUUUUCGCCGCUGGAGUGCGGGUGUAGCAGGUCAACAAACUCUCCUCUCUUGCUCUUCUUACCAGGAAUUGAUGGCUCUGGACAUGGUCUUACGUUGCACCACGAACGACUCGGAGAGAUUUUUGACGUGUGGUGUUUGCACAUUCCUGUAACGGAUCGAACACCCUUGGCAGACCUAGUGAAGUUGGUUCAGAGUACAGUUAGAUCAGAGCAUAAUCGAGCAGCAAAGAGACCGAUAUAUCUUGUCGGGGAAUCUUUUGGAGCAUCACUUGCACUAGUUGUUGCUGCUCAAAACCCUGAUAUCGAUCUCGUUCUAAUCCUGGCUAAUCCAGCUACAAGUUUGAGCAAAUCCUUGCUGCAAAACGUUGUGCCUUUGUGGGAUAUAAUUGAUAAACAUCGUUCAAUUAGUUCGAUACCAGUAGAAACAAUUCUAUGGAAGCUGAAUAUGAUUAAUGAGAUGCAAAAUCAUUUGAACUCGAAUCUUCGUACCGUCGACGCUCAGACACUGAUACUUAACAGUGGGAAGGAUAUUCUUCUGUCGAGCAUAACAGAACAAGAAAAUCUCCGUAGCGUUCUCAAACGUUGUGAGGUUCGUUCGUUUAUCGGCAACGGCGACCCUCUAUUCUUGGAUGAUACUUUUGAUUUGGCAGCGGCCAUAAAGCGCGCCAGCUAUUAUCGACGUGGAAGAUCCGUUGAUUUUAUCUCGGAUUUCAUGCCACCGAGCCCUUCUGAAUUUGACAUGGUUUAUGAUCCGUUCAGAUGGAUGGAUGUGGCUGUGAAUCCCGUAAUGCUGUCGACUUUGGACAACGGAAAAAUAAUCCGAGGGCUUUCUGGAAUUCCUUCAGAAGGGCCCGUAUUAUUCGUCGGUAACCACAUGAUGUUGGCGAUGGAUCUUGUACCGUUGGUUUCCAAGUUCGUGAUCGAGAGGAAUAUUACGGUCCGGACGAUGGCACAUCCGUUAUAUUUUGAACGACUGACCAAGGAUGGAAAAUUACCAGAUUUGUCCUUCUUCGAUGUGUUCAGAGUUCUUGGUGCAGUUCCAGUUACAGCAGCUAACAUGUAUAAACUUUUUAAGUUGAAGUCUCAUGUGUUGCUUUUUCCGGGUGGUAUACGAGAGGGGUAUCAUCGGAAGGGUGAGGAUUACAAAUUGAUUUGGCCCGUUGAACCGGAGUUUGUUAGAAUGGCCGUCAAAUUUGGAGCGAAAAUUGUACCUUUUGGAGGUGUUGGGGAGGAUGAUGUUCUUCAAUUGUUGUUAGACUCCGAUGAUCAAAUGAAGAUUCCGCCCCUCAAGUCUUUGAUAGAAGAACUAACCAACGAAGCGGUUAGGUUAAGGACCGAUGCUGGAGGCGAAGUUGGAAAGCAACUCCUGUACUAUCCAAUAGCCCUUCCCAAAUUGCCCGGUCGCUUUUAUUUCCUAUUCGGGAAGCCAAUCCCAACAGCAGGAAGGGAGGAUAUAUUGAGAAACAAAGAUAAAGCUAAGGAAAUGUACUUAGAGAUACAAAAUGAGAUAGAUAAAUGCAUUGUUUAUUUGAAGGAGAAACGAGAAAAGGAUCCGUAUAGGAACCUUUUAGCUCGUUUGCCUUAUCAGGGCUUCAACGGCUUCGAUUCUCAAGUCCCGACUUUCGACAUUUGAUCAUAAUUCUUAAAUUGAUAUUCGCUUUCAAUUUA